GCUGUCGUAGUUGUAGCGCGUCUAUGGUAUAUAACUACGGAUAUUAUUUAUAUUAUCCUCUGUCGUCAACGCCGUUGCUAUACGCUCGCAGAUCACAGCUCACUCCGACGCCGGUCGUUUACCAGUCACAUAAUUAUUACGAUACAUUUCUCUCGACGAAAUAAAAUUAACUCAUCAUAUUAUUUAAUAUAAUUAUAUUAUAUUUUAUUAGUUUUUUUAUUCUUUUAACGCCCGUCAAAAUCCUCGUAACUUUUUUACGCGCCUAUAUAUACACCCAGAACCUUAGGAAUUAUUCUUGGACAUAUUAUUUUGCAAUAUCCCGUAGGUACGAACCGUUGACCGAACGCAAGAACGAUGGCAGCUUACAACAAGAAUAAUACUAGCGGCGUCGUCCAGGUGGAUAGCCCGAACGUUCAAUACUCCAAAGAGUACAUUGAGUCCACCAUCGAUUAUCCCAUCAACUACGCCAUAACCGAAAAGGACACGAUUGUGAUUAAGCCCACCAUUACUAAACUAAAGAUUCGAACAAAGAGAGUGGUGCCAAAAACUGGAUUAAUGUUGGUUGGAAUAGGUGGCAACAAUGGUUCUACCUUAGUGGCUGGCAUUAUUGCAAAUAAAUGUGGUUUAACAUGGGAAACAAAGUCAGGUGUCAAGUCUUCAAAUUGGUAUGGUUCAAUAACACAAUCAUCAACUAUACGUGUUGGCAUGGAUUCAACUGGCCAAGAUGUUUACGUACCAUUAAAAAACUUAGUACCCAUGAUUGACCCCAACGACAUAGAGAUUGACGGUUGGGACAUUUCAUCCUUGGACUUAGGUCAAGCUAUGAAAAGAUCAGAAGUAUUGGAUAUUGAUUUACAAAAAAAAUUGAUGAAAAAAAUGUCUGAAAUUAUUCCAAGAAAAUCAAUUUAUAUACCAGAGUUCAUAGCAGCCAAUCAAACAAGUCGCGCCGAUAAUGUUAUCAAGAUGGAAAAAAAAUCAGAAGCAUUAGAUCAAAUCAGGACAGAUAUUAGAGAUUUUAAGAAAUGCAAAGAACUGGACCAGGUGAUUGUAAUAUGGACUGCCAAUACAGAACGUUUUAGUGAAGAGAUUGAAGGACUUAAUGAUACAUCUGACAAUCUUUUAAGAUCAAUUUGCAAGAACGAAUCAGAAAUAUCGCCAUCUACUUUAUUUGCCGUUGCUUCCAUUCUAGAAGGAUGUACUUAUAUAAAUGGAUCACCAUCAAACACUUUUGUCAAAGGUGUAGUAGAACUAGCUGAGAAAUGGUGUGUACAUAUUGCUGGUGAUGAUUUCAAAUCGGGACAAACAAAACUGAAGUCAGUACUAGUAGAUUUUCUAGUAUCUGCUGGCAUCAAACCAGUAUCCAUUGUCAGCUAUAAUCAUUUGGGAAACAAUGACGGUCAGAAUUUGUCAGCACCUGAACAAUUCCGUUCAAAAGAGAUUUCUAAAAGCAAUGUAGUUGAUGACGUAGUGAAAUCGAAUAACAUUCUUUACAAACCAAAUGAAUCACCUGAUCACUGUGUAGUUAUUAAGUAUGUGCCAUAUGUCAAAGAUUCCAAAAGGGCAUUGGAUGAGUACACAUCAGAAAUAUUCAUGAAUGGAAUAAAUACAUUAGUUAUACAUAAUACAUGCGAAGAUUCAUUAUUGGCAUCUCCUCUUAUAUUGGAUUUACUUAUACUUGCGGAUGUAUUUAACAGAAUUGAAAUUGGAUCAGAUAAAUCAGAUUACACACCUUUGCAUCCAGUCUUCACUGCUAUGUCAUACUUACUUAAAGCCCCUGUUGUACCAAAAGGAGCUCCAGUAGUAAACUCUCUCUUCCGCCAGAAAGCGUGUAUCGAAAACAUACUCAGAGCAUGUUUGGGCUUACCUGCUGAGAACAACAUGUUAUUGGAACACAUGUUACCAGCUAAAGUGUUUGUAGACGUUGAAAAAGAUCAGAAAAAACAGACUUGUAAAGCAUGCCAAAAUUAGAUAAUUAUUAUAUAUUAUCAAAACAUAUAUUAUUUUAUACAAUAAAUUUGAAAUUAAAAAAAGUA